AUUGGCUCCCGAGGCCGCGCCCGUCCGGAAGCUCCAAACUGCGAAUUUUGUCUAGAUUUCUGCUUCGAACAGCGAUUCUGCCUAAUCUGAGCAAAUCGCAUUCCGCAUUUUAGACACCGGAACUUCGAUAAGCUGCUGCAUUGAGUUGGAUCCUGAUCUGCUUCGGCUUCGGCUUUCUUCGCGGUGCGGAUUUGAUUGCGGUUUCAUUUGAAAGAAGAGGGUUUUAGAGUAGAAAGAGGAAAGAAAGAAGAAAGAACGAAGAACAGUUGGAUCCAGAGGACACCUCUGCUUGGCUUGAUCCUCCUCGAGCAUCAUCCUCAUCGUCAGCUUCUCGACUUGCUUUCAUCUUCGUCCCGUUUGAUCCUCCAUUCUCUCGACAACGUACUUCUUCCUCAGCACAUCCUGGCGUGUCUUUACCAAGAUCAACUUAUUAACUUUGGUGCAAAAUGUCGACAAUCGCCCUCAAAAUCGGCACCCUCCUCAUCCGCACCAUCGCCAAACCAAUCGCCAACGGCGUGAAAUCAAGAGCAAAAGUCUCCGGUCCGUUCCGAAAGACAUGCAUAGCAGUAGCGCAGGUGCUGCACUCCACAGACGUGCGUCUGCGGCAAAGUCUGAUGGGCAAAGCCGGGACGCAAAAAGUCAGACCGCUUAAUGACGCGAAGGCGAUCGAGAUGGGUGCGAAUUUCCUAUCCGAGACGCUCCUUUUCGCGGUCGCGGCUGGCGUCGUGAUUUUCGAAUCAGUCAGAUCGAGCAGGAAAGCGACGACGCGACACGAGACCACGGCCGAGGACAUUGCGCUUUUGAAAGAGGAGGUCGCGCAGCUGCGGGCGAUUAUUUCAAAACUAUCACCAGACGACUCCAGUGCGAUGAAGAUCUCUGAAUACUCCUCCUCCUCCUCCACCUCCACAUCCGACAACGACCCUUCUACGACAUCAGCGACAUCUCCGUAUUCCUCACCUUACGAAUCCUCCACUCCCGCGCAAUCAACACCGUCGGUGCACAAAUUCCCAGGAAUACGUUACGACACGCAAAACAACUACAUAAUAAUCCCCGCCCACGGCCCUUCUACACCAUCAUCCUCGACAGGUGAAGAGCAGCGUCCGCACAAAAACUACAUCAUGACCAGCAACAGUCUUGUCGCUCGGAUGGAGGACCUCAGUCCAGACCCGUCAGCUUCUGGGAUUGUCAGAAAGGCUUCUGUCGGGGGGAGUUCGUUAACCAAGCGAUCGCACAACUCGUGUCGAUUGUGAGAUAACCUCAGGAGAAGUACAAAGUAAUUACUUAUAGAGCAUGUUGAGCUAGACUUUAUUCGCCUCAUCUAGAUAGAAUCUGUACAUAUCUCUCAAACAAUCAUAUUCUCAUGAAGAUCU